AUGGCCGGAUUUCACCUACCAGGGGACCCAUAUUUUCCCAAUCAGGGAAAUGUUGGAUGGGUCAAGGAAGAGCCCGAGCAACAAAUCGAAGAUGAUCCCGAAGAGAAUCCCAAAGAGGAACCCGAAGAGGAUCCCGAAGAGGAACCCGAAAAGGAACACGAAGAGGAUCCCGAGGAGGAACCCAAAGAGGACCCCGAAGAAGAAAAAGAAGAAGAAGAAGAAGACAUCGAGGAAGACAUGGAUGAGGACGAAAAUGAAGAAGAGCCCAAAGUCUUAAACCCUCCUUACAUCGCGAGGGUGCCCGUACACUGCUUCGGAUACAACGGGCCUGAACCCCGCUGGGCAACAACGAUCAAAAGGUGGAGCCGACAACAACGCCAGCGGUCACCAUAUGGCGAUCAACGAGGUUAUUACGACCUUAUCCAUGGAGGACAGGCUGAUAGGGCCCUCCCUGUCAUGACUCAACGGAUAACAAGUAUAGAUGAUCGCGGUAGGACAACGACCGAUCAUGUCUGGGAACUGAGUGCCAUCGUAGAAUCUACCACUGCUCGCACCAGAGACUUAGAACGAGGCUUCCACCACAGAGACCAACUUAUUCAGGACCUUCUCACUGCUCGAGCAGAAACAAGGGAGUAUCGGGAAAGAUACAGAGUGCUCGAAGAGAUAAUGGUUGCAACCGAACGGAGACUGGCGGAACUACAAGGUGCAUCGACAUCAUCCCAAGCUCUGCCAGGGAAGGAUCGUCAUGAGUAG